UUCUGGUUGAAAAGUACCGUAUAGAUCUCCUCCAAGCCGGGUUAUCCAAACCCCGUGAUUGGGGAUGCUAAUCGGGAAUUAUCCCAUUGCUGUUGUCAUCCGCUCACCUCAUCCGUCCUUUCUUUUUUUUUCCGACUGCCCUUUCUUUUCCCCGUUACCGCGCCUCCCUCUCGUCAAUUAAUUCUUGUGCAGCUGUUCCUCGGAGAUUCGAAUCGUCCGGUUUGAUUCGAAGCCUAGCCGCGAGCUUUGAUUACUCUUACCCUUUUUUUUUUUUCCCCUCCAGUGUUAUCGGCUGCCGAAUUGCUUUUUUAGCUCGUGUCGCAGGCUACGGGCAGGUGGUCCGAUUCAGGCCCAAGUGGACCCUCGUCGAGCCGGGGCGUGUCCACUGUCGAUCCGAACUCAUCCCAACUCUCGUCAGGACUAACCUUCAAAACGGGGCUGAACGCCCUCCGCAAAAAAUUAAUACUGGCCCUUCCAGAAUCUCCCGGCUUUAUAAUAUCCAUCCUGCCCCUCGUGGCAAUUCUUUCUGUUCCUCCCCCCUUCUUACUCCACACCUCCGCUCCGAUCUCUCUUGGGAAUCUCCAAUUCCCAAUUCCAAUUCCUUUCUAUCUCCCUCCCUCUUCCACUCCGACAAUCCCACCCUUCAGUCGACAUUUCCACAUACUUUGACCUGCUCGGUAAACGAUACGCUUCAUUCUCGUGCUACGCGUCUCGGCCUCGACCGCUCCGAAAUAGCAGGUUACACCUGCUCGAUCAACCCCGUCACACGAGCUCGUUCGAGCUCUCCCAGCGGCGCCCACCAUGUCGUCGUUCAACGGGAAAGCCCCAUACGCACCCGACUAUGCCUCCUACAACUGGGUUGGCGCGCCCGCCAACUAUGAGCUGACUACCAAUGCUGACCUGGGCGGCGAUUCCCGCACCGAAAAUCUGAACAAAUGGUUCCAAUCCGGCGAUCAAGCCUACAUUAUCGUGGCUUCUGCCAUGGUUCUAGUCAUGAUUCCGGGACUGGGCUUCUUGUACUCGGGCUUGGCCCGACGCAAGUCCGCUCUGAGCAUGAUCUGGGCUUGUAUGGCCUCCAUGUCCGUUAUCACUUUCCAAUGGUACUUCUGGGGCUAUUCGCUCGCCUUCUCUACCUCGGCGACCAACGGAUUUAUCGGCAAUAUGCGCAACUUUGGUCUUAUGAAGACUCUCGCCGAUCCUAGCCCUGGAUCACCAUUGAUUCCCGGCUUGCUCUUUGCAUUCUACGAGAUGCAAUUCUGUGCUGUGACUGCAGCCAUCGUCAUGGGCGCCGUCGCUGAGCGCGGUCGCCUCCUUCCCGCCAUGGUCUUCACCUUCCUGUGGGCGACAAUCGUCUACUGCCCUCUCGCCUGCUGGGCCUGGAACAGCAACGGCUGGGCCUUCAAGUACGGUGUCAUGGACUACGCCGGUGGUGGUCCCGUCGAAAUCUGUUCCGGUUUCACCGCACUCGCAUAUAGCAUGGUCCUCGGCCGCCGCCAGGAGCGCAUGAUGCUUAACUUCCGCCCUCACAACGUCUCUCUGAUCCUUCUCGGUACCGUCUUCCUCUGGUUCGGCUGGCUCGGAUUCAACGGUGGCUCGGCCUUUGGUGCCAAUCUACGUGCUACCAUGGCCUCCUGGAACACUAACCUCACUGCUGCGUUCGGUGCUAUUACCUGGGUGCUGCUUGACUGGCGGUUGGCUCGUAAGUGGUCCAUGGUCGGCUGGUGUUCCGGCACGAUCUCCGGACUUGUCGCUGCGACCCCCGCAUCUGGUUUCAUCACUCCCUGGGCUAGUGUGAUCCUUGGAAUUGUCACCGGCAUCGUUUGCAAUUACUCGACCAAGAUCAAGUACUGGAUCCGCAUUGACGAUAGCAUGGAUGUGUUGGCUGAGCACGGUAUCGCUGGUAUUAUUGGCCUCCUUUUCAAUGCCUUCUUUGGUGACGACUCCAUUGUCGGCCUGGACGGUGUCAACACCGGCACCGGUGUCGGUGGCUGGGUCAUCCACAACUGGAAGCAGCUGUACAUUCAAAUCGCCUACAUUGUGGCAACUGCCGCCUACUCCUUCGUCGUCUCCGCCAUUAUCGCCUACGCCAUCAACGCCAUUCCCGGCCUGAACCUGCGUGCCUCCGAAGAGGCCGAGCUUCUCGGCAUGGACGAUGACCAGCUUGGCGAGUUCGCCUACGAUUACGUUGAGGUCCGUCGUGACUACCUAGCCUGGACCCCGCAGAAGCACGACCAGCUGGAGGACGGUCACGAGAUCCCCGCCGCUGAUCGGUACGGUAUUGGAGAGCACUCGGAGAUGAUGCUGGAGGGACAGGCUCCGAACGGCGAAAUCAGCCAGAGCUCGCGCGGCGGGAGUGAGGGCGACAUGCACUUGCAGGAAGUGAAGAUUGCACCUGCCCCGAGACAGGUCGCCGAGAUGACGAGUCCGCACACUCAUGCUCCUCCUCCCUCGCAAACGCCCGUCGUCUUGAAUCGUGUCGAUGAAAAGUCCGAUUAAGCACUGCGCUUGCAUCUCGGCUUUUUUUGCUUCUCCACAUUCAACCCAUUGCAUUUUCCACCUCGGUCUCCCCCUUCUCAUCCAUCUCGCCCUUGAUUUGUUCUUUCGCAUUGUUCGAUAUCCCUCUGAGCGUGUUUCUUUUCUGGCACGAAAGGCCUGGGGCUUUUCUUUUUUCCUCCAUCAAACCUCUUUCUCAACAUUUCCACCUGUAUGACCUAUCCUACUCUAUAUCCCGUCUACAUACCCUCCAUCGCCACAAAUUCUACCAACAAACCUCCAUCUAUCCACUAUACCUCCCCCCUACUCCCUCGACCUCAAUCCUACAAAUUUGUUCUCUCCAGCAAAAGCAACCCCCGCUCCAUGGCUGGUUUGGCGUUCCUCUUUCCACAUUUAUCCGUUUGUUCAAGCAUUGUUUUUUUUUCCUUAGUUCGGGCGCCGACGGUGGUAUAUAUCCGGUUUUCAGAGUUUGAUUCCGACUUCUGAAAGUUGGCUUCCUUGGUUGUGUUUUUUUUCUGCGUGCCGAGUUUGGCGGGUGGUGAUGUGAUAUCCUGUUACCUGCAGUAUAGAGAACUGAUAUUAGACUAUUUUUUUCUGGUG